AUGCGUUUGUUAUUUCCUAGAAAUCGACAAGCGAACAAACAUACGAACACGUUUUCGCGGCGCCAUGAAUGUCGAGGAAAGACUGAACACGGAUGUCCAAUAAUAACAUUUCCGGACAUUGGUAAUUUUUCAACGUUAGGAGAUUUAGAAUACCAAAGACUGAUGGUUUAUCUCACUUCGGUACCUUCCAUGCAGGAAGCAGACAUUGGGUUCGUUCUAGUCAUCGAUAGAAGGAAUGACAGAUGGAAUUCCGUCAAACCUACACUACUUAAAUUAUCCGGUUAUUUCCCGGGUUUAGUCCACGCAGUUUACGUCUUAAGGCCCUCAGGUAUAAUUAAAAAGACAAUAUCAGAUGUACUCAAUAAAUUAUUUAAGGAAGAUUUUAAAUUUAAGGUUAUCGUUUGUAAUAGUUUAGAAGAAUUACAUUCUUACAUAGACAAAUCACAAUUGACGUCUGAUUUGGGUGGUUCCAUUCAAUACAAUCAUUCGGAAUGGAUUCGUCAGAGAGAAGAUUUGGAAAUAUUUUCAGAAGAAAUGAAACAAGUCUCGAACGAAUUGGAUAAUUUCACGAAAAAAAUGAAGGAAACGGAAAUACCUAAACAAGCGGAAGCCGUGCAAGAACUUCUCACUUUGCAUCAAAAAGAAUAUGGCGACUUGAAAGAAAAAUUAAGGAAUGCCGUGAAACAUGGGGAAACGCUUUUGGAAAUAUUUAGAAAAUCACAAAAUUCAACGACGGUCAACGACGUAAACGCACAAGAUGGAAAUCAAAACGACAAAUUUGGAAAUGUUUCAGCCGUCGAAAGAUUAAUAGUUCAGCUGGAAGAAACGGAAAAAACAUUUUGUUCUUUUCAAACGGAUCAUUUUACAAAAUUAAAACAAUGGUUGGAUCGUAGGAUAUUCGAACAAGAUGUCACGGAACUCGAAAUUAAAUUCGACGAAUGUUUAAAGAUAGUCAACGACAUGGUCGAAGUUGGGGAGAGCGUGAGUCGAGUUGAUGAGUUAAUUAAAGAAACAAAUGCUUUUCAUAAAAUUUGCAAGAUUAAUAUUGAUAGAGGUGAAGAAGUUAUAUCGAACGGUCAAAGGUUAAUUAAAUCAAAAUUAUAUUCGUCUGAAGAAACAUUGCAACCGGAUUGCGAUAAAAUUAAAAAACUUUGCACGCUUUUAACCGAACGUUUAGAUUACAGAUUAGAUACAUUGAAAAAACACAGAGAACUUCAAGAACAAAUCGAUAAAGCGAAUUCGUGGUGUGCCAGAGGCAUCGAACUAUUGUCGAAUCAACAAAUCGAAAAAGCAGCCGGAGAUGCCGAACUUAUACAGAAAAGCAUAACGGAAAUCAAUUUAUUUUUGAACACAUCCGAAAAUCUUCGUUUGAACAGUCCGAAAAGAUUAUUCAAAGAUAACAUCAUAACUCCCGAAACGAAAGCUUUAGUAACACAAGUCGUACAAAGAAUAGCGGAUGUAACUUCCAUGUGUGAUAAAAGAUUGGCAAGUUUACAUUUAUUAACGGCAAAUCGACAGAGGCCGGUACAAACGGUGACACCAGAACCAGGAGUACCAUUACAACCCUCACACGGUGCUCCGAUACUUAACAAACCGAAAAUAUUAAGAAAAGCCAACACGAUUGCAAAGCUCGAAGAUCCAUGGAAUCAAAGUAAAAUAAAUCAAUGCAUCGAUAAGGAUAUACCGACGCAAGAUCCUCAAAUUCUAAAAUCGAAAAGGCAACACAUACUAGCCGAACUAUUGGAAACGGAACAAAUUUACGUGAACGAAUUGCAAUCCAUAAUUAAGGGUUACAAAAGGGAAAUGGAAUCCCCCGAAAUGAAACCUUUAAUACCUCCGGAAUUAAUAGGAAAAGGUGAUGUUCUAUUUGGCAACCUGGAAGAAAUCUACGCUUUUCACAAUGAUAUUUUUUUAAAAGAUUUACAAAAUUGCAUUUCUACCACCGAAUUAGUUGCUCUUUGUUUCACACAUAGGAAAAAUGAAUUUUAUAAAUUAUAUAGUUGUUAUUGUCAAAACAGUCCUAAAUCUGAACAACUCAGAGAAUUGAUAGGUGAAAGGAAUUUUUUUUUCGGUGCUUGCCAAAUAAAAUUAGGACAUAAAUUACCAUUAGCGGCUUAUUUACUUAAACCCAUACAAAGGAUAACGAAAUAUCAAUUGUUAUUAAAGGAUCUUCUUAGAAGUACGGAAAUACCAAAAUGUAGAAAUCAACUUCAAGAAGCUUUGAAAUGUAUGUUGGUAGUACUGAAAUGCGUAAACGAUAGCAUGCAUCAAAUUGCCAUAACGGGAUUUAGGGGAGAUUUGUCGGAUCAGGGAGAAUUAUUAAUGCAAGGUUCGUUUUCCAUAUGGACGGAGAGUAAAAAAAUUAGAGAAUUGAGAUUGACGCCGAUGCAGAGACAUAUUUUCCUCUACAGGAAAGCCAUUUUGUUUUGCAAGAAAGAAAAUAAGGAAAAUAAUAAGGCGACGUAUCAUUUCAAAAGAUUUUUACAGAUGUCGCAAAUCGGUUUAACCGAAAGCGUUAAAGGAGAUCCUAGAAAAUUUGAAAUAUGGCUACAGGGACGUCAACAAGUUCACACGAUUCAAGCAUCGACGAUUGAACAAAAAAUGGCGUGGGUACAACAGAUAAAAGAAGUUCUUUUAGAACAAUUAGCCGAACUUCGGGGUGCUAACAUGAGACAAUAUUCGCAAACGAAAACUCCCAUUUUGCACAGGGCAUUAAGACAAACGACAUCUUGGGAAAGUCAGUCUUCCAUGGAUUCAUCGGCCGGAAACAAUAAUCGAGCCUUUAGUUGCGACGAAACAAAUUCUCACAUACAAACAUUGAUUGAAUCGGAAGAAGAAUCCUCGGAUUUGAGUAAUUCAGACGAUGAAAAUCAAUCAUUCGGAGAUCAAAUUCUCGGCGGUCGAUACGUUGUUUUAGCCGAUUACAGAUCUCAGGGACAUAACGAAAUAUCUCUGCAGGAGGGUUCGCUGGUCGAAGUAUUGAAAGUCGGUUGCGGAGGAUGGUGGUACAUAAAAUUAUUGGAUUAUUAUUUUCAAGGUCAACCCAUAGAAGGUUGGGCACCGUCAGCGUAUUUAGAAGUUUGCAAUAAGAAAAACAAGACUCAAAAAAAUAACGUAUCGAACGAUGACGUAAUCGUUACGUAA